ACGCACGUUUCACGGGGCAUGGCGCGGUGCGCGUUCUAGUAAACAAGUUGUGUGCGAGUCGCGCGGGGAAUCUUGCGCCCCGACCGAGUAGCCGCGCGAUAUUUAUUUAACGACGCGAUCAUCCUGUCGCGUGCCACGACGCUGCGCGACGCCGUCGAUCUCCUUCCGUCGUUUCCGCUCGCCCCGGAAGAGCGACCGAGGCAUAAAUAAAACGGAUUAAACGUACGGACAGCCGCACGAGUCGACUCCGAUUCUCGCGGAGCGAUAUUUUCGCGAGAGUGUUAUGCGUGCGCGGCUGUGAGUGGUGUUGGUGUUUCUUUUUUUUUUUUUGUCGUGAGUAGAAAAGUGAUCGCGCGCCACGGUGUUUGCCACUGGCCACCGAGUCUUGAAUGCCAGGGAGGCAACCCUCGAUUGUGUGUCUCGACGACAGAAGCUGAGUGAUAUGACACCUCGAUACGCGCCUCGAGGCCUCCGAUUAGACGCCGCAUUUCGGACGACAUCGGACUUGUUCGACAUCGCCGAGGAGGCAGGAGCGCCGAGAUGGUGAGAAGAGCGUACUGAUCGACGUCACGAUUUUCGAGAUCGGCUCGCGAAUCAAAUCGGCGCGUACGUUGGGUACACUUAAUGGAGCCGUCUGGCGCGAUGACCCGCUGGUGGUGUCGAUCUUCCAGCAGAGUCGGUUGACACGCCGCAUGUACGUGUGCGGUCCCUCCGUCUCGCGGUCUACGCCUACGAGGUGAUCUCCCGCGCGAUCCGCGCGCGCGUUCACGAGGGCAGGGGGGGGGGAUCAAACGAGACCGACAACGGCGAAAGGACGACGAGGAGCGCGCGACACCGUGUCACGGGGACAAGCGUGUCGGGAAAAGAAAGAGGACCCGGGCGUUCCGUCUUCGAGCGAUCGUCGUCGAACGCGUCCGUCGCAUUGACGCCUGAACGUUCGCGAGACGAACAGGGAGAGAAACGAACGCGCCGAGGCGACGAUCGUUUGAAGGCUCGAGAGGCUCGUCGUGUCCCCUGCGUCGACGACGAAGAGAUGCGAGCGAGACGCGGCCCUUCCUCGCCCCUUUCGCGCCUCUGAAUUCGCGAGUUGACAGAGAGUUCGCGGGUAGAGUACGAUUUUUUUUUUCUCUCGUCGGGAAAGAAGUGCCGGUUUCUUGCGGUUGAAGAUGAAGUCUUCGGCCGCGUGCAGACUUUGCGGUGCGACGUUCGACGAAGACGAAUCGAGCAUCGCGUCGACCUCUUUUCCGGAGGCUGACCACGCCAUCCGCCACUGCCAUUGUCUGUCGUCGUCGAGUCGCGAGUUUGAGAAAACCGAUGGCGCGUCGUUCCCGUCGACGUCGGCGUCGACAACGUGCGAUCUUUGCGAGCGUCUUCGCGGUCGAACUGGCGGAUCUAACGCUUCGUCGGACGUGUCAGCCAUAUGGACGAGAGACAGCCACGCGGCUGAUCACCAAUCACCGAGACGAAAGCGCGAUGAGAACGAUUUAUCGGCGUGCGACUCGGCGGAGCCGAUCGUCGGGAGGCGCGACCGAACUUUGAGGUGCGACAGAACUCCGAUCCGCGAGUCAUCCGCGAGGUGUGCUUCGAGCGUGGUGCGGUGGAUUUUUGCGGUCAGAUUUUACAGCGACUUGAAAUCGGCCGAAUGGCGGAGACUCUUUUGGAUCGUUCUCCUGAUGCUUGCGGUACCCGACCUCGCAGCAGCGAAAGAGAACAAGACCGCCGACGAUAAAGGAAUAGUGUGCGAAAGUAUAGACAUAAGAAAUAGCGUGGAUCAAUUCCACCCAAAGCUGAACAAUUGCCGGGUAGUCGAGGGCUUCGUACAAAUUCUCCUGAUCGAUCGAGCGGAACCGUCGGACUUCGCUAAUAUCAGUUUUCCCAAACUGGUCGAGAUCACCGGAUACCUUAUUUUAUACAGGGUAAGCGGACUGAAAAGCGUCGGCCAUCUGUUUCCGAAUCUGGCGGUCAUCCGCGGCAAUUCUCUCUUUAUCAAUUACGCUCUCGUGGCAUUUGAGAUGAUGAAUCUUCAGGAGAUCGGUCUCCACUCCCUUACCAACAUUCUACGCGGAUUCGUGCGGUUCGAGAAAAAUCCGACGCUCUGCUACGUCGACACCAUCGAUUGGGAUAUCAUUGCUAAAGCCGGCAAGGGGGGGCAUGUCAUAAUGGACAACAAGCCAACGAAUGGUUGUCCGGUGUGUGACAAAAAGUGCCCGACAAGACAAAUGAAACAUGAUCAGACUCUGUGCUGGAAUCGACAUCACUGCCAACGAAUAUGCCAGGAUUGCGGAGAUAGAGCUUGCAACGACAAAGGAGAAUGUUGUCAUCCUUCCUGCCUGGGUGGAUGCACGGGAUCAACAGUUAACGAUUGCGUUGUUUGCAGAAACAUAAUCGACGGCGAGCAGUGCAAAGACAGUUGUCCGAACAACACCUACGUGUUUAUGAAUCGGCGUUGCUUCACUAAGAAGAAUUGUUUUGAGAAGAAAAAGCCGCAGGAGGCGCGCGACACCGUGAAGUUGUAUCCAUACAAAUUGUUCAACGACAGCUGCGUGAUGGAAUGCCCGGCAGGUUACAUGGAAAACGAAACCACCAGGACGUGCCAAAAAUGUAACGGCCAGUGGUGUAUGAAGGAGUGUUCUGCUGCAAACGUAGACAGCAUCGCUUCAGCACAAAAGUUGCGUGGAUGCACGAACAUCGCAGGUAGUCUCGAGAUACAGAUACGCGGUGGCAAAAACAUUGUGAAGGAGCUCGAGGAUAAUUUGAACAUGAUCGAGGAGAUAGACGGUUACUUGAAGAUCGUUCGUAGUUUUCCACUGAUAUCCCUUAACUUUCUCAAGAAUUUGCGCGUGAUACACGGCAAUGAACUCGAGAACGGCAAGUACAGUCUCGCGGUGUUCGAUAAUCAGAAUCUUCAGGAGCUCUGGGAUUGGAACACGCAUUCGAACAUUACUAUCCUGGCCCACAACGGCGCCGCUAAAGCGAAGCUCUUCUUUCAUUUCAAUCCGAAAUUGUGUCUGCACGAGAUUGAGAAAUUGCGAGAGAAGGCCCAGUUGGACGAAUUCACCGAUCACGACGUGGCAUCUACCAGUAACGGGGACAAAGUUGCGUGUAAUGUCACCGAGCUGAAAACUAAAGUCACGAAAAAAACACCUAGGGGAGCUAUUAUCGAAUGGAGGGCCUUUACGCAUCACGAUACUAGAUCCCUUUUGGGUUACGUUGUUUAUUUUAUCGAAGCGCCUAAUCAGAACAUAACGAUGUACGAUGGCCGCGAUGCUUGUGGCGGUGAUGGCUGGCGGGUGGAGGAUGUCUCCGCUGAGAGCACGACACCGCAGCCUCAAAACAGUUCGGAGCCUGUCUAUCACACUCACAUACUGACUUUGCUGAAACCAUAUACUCAGUACGCUUACUACGUCAAGACUUACACCAUAGCUACGGAAAGGUCAGGCGCGCAAAGUAAAGUCAAGUAUUUUACGACGUUGCCAGAUGCGCCUAGUCCACCCAGAGCUUUAUCGACUUGGAGUAAUUCUAGCAGCGAACUGGUUAUAUCCUGGUUUCCACCGCUUCACAAAAAUGGGAAUUUAACGCAUUAUCGAAUUAUUGGUCGCUGGGAGCCCGAUGAUGCGAAUUUCAUUGACCAGAGGAAUUAUUGUGACGAACCUAUGCCUUUGCCUAAGCCAAAAUUACCAGGAGAAGUUAUAGCGGAAGAAGAAAAGAAACAUACCGAGUUAGAAAAGGAAAUUGCAAAAUCUGAUUCCUGUGCUUGUUCAGAUCGUGAGACGACAGAUCAGUCGGCGCGUGAAAAAGAAGUUUCUAGUUCGAUCGCUUUCGAGAACGCGUUACACAAUCAAGUAUAUAUAAAGCGAAUAAACAUACGUAGAAGACGUCACACUAGCGAAAUGUUAAUUGCGGCAGAAGAAGCCAAAAAUUUUACACACAAUCAGGUAAAAUUUCAGGAUAGGGGAAUAUUUAACGAUAAAGUCGUAAAUGAUACAUAUUUAGUAUUUGACCGACUAGUACCGAGUACGAGUCUUACUUUUGUCAUGAGAAAUCUACGACACUUUGCUGCGUAUAAUAUCGAGGUUCAAGCCUGCCGAGAACGAGUUGCAAAUGAAACGAACAAGAGCAAGAACUGUUCAACGAAGAGCAUGAAAACGCACCGUACAUUGGCCAUGGAAAGCGCAGAUAAUAUUCCACUAAAUACAUUUGAUUUGAAGGUCAAUGGUGAAAAUAGUAGUCUUACUAUAAUAACAUUGCGUUGGGAGGAACCUCCUCAACCUAAUGGCCUAAUAGUCACGUAUCAGAUCGAAUAUAAGAGAAUUGAUAUUAAAAAUAUAAAAGCAACAGUGGCAUGCAUUACAAGACGCGAUUUUGUCAAUAUGGGCAACUCGUACGUUUUGAAGGAUCUACCUGCUGGAAAUUAUUCUGUAAAAAUACGUGCUACGAGCUUAGCUGGAAACGGCGCGUAUACUGAAGUGCAAUACUUUUAUGUACGCGAACAUGGCGCGUUUAGUACAACCUGGAUUUUCUUUUGGUCGAUAUUGGGUGUCGUUAUUAUAUUUACUUUUCUGAUGGCAUUCUACAUACUGAAAAAGAGAUCAAUGCGAAAUGUACCCAGUAUGAGGCUUAUCGCGACGGUGAAUCCAGAAUACGUAAGCACAAGUUACGUGCCGGACGAGUGGGAAGUGCCCAGAAAGAAAAUUCAAUUAUUACGAGAAUUAGGAAAUGGUUCUUUCGGUAUGGUAUAUGAGGGACUGGCUAAAGAUGUCGUGAAAGGCAAGCCGGAAGUACGAUGCGCUGUGAAAACUGUAAAUGAAAAUGCAACCGACCGUGAACGGAUAGAGUUCCUUAACGAAGCGUCUGUUAUGAAAGCUUUCAACACUCAUCACGUGGUUAGAUUAUUGGGCGUAGUAUCGCAGGGUCAGCCUACGUUGGUAGUUAUGGAAUUGAUGGUGAAUGGUGAUUUGAAAACAUACUUGAGAAGUCACCGACCGGAUGUUUGCGAGAAUUCUAAACAACCUCCGACGUUGAGAGAUAUCUUGCAAAUGGCAGUCGAGAUUGCGGACGGCAUGUCCUAUCUUGCUGCGAAAAAAUUUGUCCACAGAGAUUUGGCUGCUCGCAAUUGUAUGGUUGCCGAAGAUCUCACUGUAAAGAUCGGUGACUUCGGCAUGACAAGGGACAUAUAUGAGACUGAUUACUAUCGAAAAGGAUCCAAGGGGCUUCUACCAGUCAGAUGGAUGGCACCAGAAAGUUUGAAAGAUGGCGUAUUUACCAGUUUCUCUGAUGUUUGGAGCUACGGAGUUGUUUUAUGGGAAAUGGUAACACUAGCUUCGCAGCCGUACCAAGGCUUGUCGAACGAUCAGGUAUUGCGUUACGUAAUUGAAGGAGGAGUUAUGGAACGACCGGAAAAUUGUCCUGAUUCACUGUACAAUUUAAUGAGACGUACUUGGAAUCAUAGAGCUACAAGAAGACCUACCUUUAUAGACAUCGAGACAUUGUUAUUACAAGAAGUUAGUAUAGAAGGUUUUGAGAACGUUAGUUUUUAUCAUAGUCCGGAAGGAAUCGAAGCUCGAAAUCAAAAUAAUUCGCAUUCACCGCAAAAUGAUCAGGAUCUAGAAAUGGUUGCUCUUCAAGAUUUGCGAGAGGAAGAAACUGAGGGAGAAGAAGAUUCGCCACUGCGUCAAGACUUUGGUGACUUUGCAAGUUUUGAGCCUUGCAGUAUUAAAAAUAAUUUAAGUUCACGAUAUGCAAUAGGUUCAUAUGGUGAAACCUCGAAAGCUACUUCUAAUUUCCAUGACAUGAACUCUAUAAAAGUACCCAAAGCUGGAUUCGAUGAAUUUGGCGGUGUCUCUGGAGACUCGCUUGUAUCUAGUAAGGACACGUUAAACUCGCCUUUUGUAGAAGGCAGCCUUAAAUCAGUCAGGAGCUCGCCUUUUAUAUUUAAGAAAAGUACUUCCCGCAGUAACAUAAGUCAAAGUUCUCUAGGGAAGCCUGGAAGUCCACCUGGCAGUUUAGUUAAGCGAAGUUUCCUCGAUAGCCCAAACCCAUCUAAAUUCCGGGAUGAUCCCGAUUACGAAAAUAGGAGUCCUGAGAUCAUGUCGAGCAUCGAGAAGAAGGAGAUUACCUCUCUACACGUAGAAUUUCCAUCUAUGGACGUUAUAGAUAUUCAGAUUAACGGUGACAAAAAGGAAAGCAACAAGCAUAUGAGUGACUAUAUGAAUAAAUCGGAAACGUUAAAUAACGGUUAUAUCGGAAAUACGGCCACAUAGCUCCGUUGUAUGAAAUUUUAUCACUUGGAAUGAAUCGGAUAUAAGUAUUUCAACAACAACACACAAACGACAUACAUACAUACAAAAAGGCAGUGUCUGUGCCAAAUUUACGAGCAUACUGGAUUAUCGUUUUGGAAGAAUUACAUUGAGCAAUGUUUUCUGUACAUGAAAGGAAUGUUAGUGUGUUCUAGCUAACAUACAAGCUAUAUUUAUAAGUCUAUAUUUUAAACGUCUAGAUGUAACUAAGAGUACAGGUCCUAACAAACAAAUGGAGUUUCCUUAUACGGGUGUUACCAUGUCUUAAUUCCGUCUCUCUAAAUGUAAUUAAUAUCGCUAAGCGUGUACAGCUAAUUAUAUAUUUGUUACGCUGCGAUAUAUGUUGGAAAAAAAGCAGCGAAUAUAUUUAUAUCAGAUACUGUCUUUUUGAAGUUGUCGCUGUAGUAUACAUUAAUAUGAAGAGUUUACUUUAUAUUAAGACGCCGUUAUCGCGGGAUUAUUACAGACAGCUGCGAUUUAAUUCAAACGUCUCUCCUCGAACUUGGGCCGUACGCUAUGAUAAAUACACAGCUGUCCAUCGGUAAUGCACAGGUUCUCUAAAAACAAACAUAUAGUAACUUCUCCGCUCUCCCAUUACUAGUGUAUCAAAGAAUUAAGCAGAUUUAUUAUUUAUAUCAUAAAUUUUCCACUUCAUUUUCAAUCGCAAGAAGGUGCGCUAUUCGCGCAAUUUCUGCUAUAAUUAUACAUUUGUACAGCAUUGGUUUAUGUUCUUUCCAAGUUUAUAGUAAAUACAGUGAACCAAAGUGGCAAUUAGGUCGACUACCGCGUUGGUACGACAUUUUGUUCACAGCAAAACAAGACCACAUUUUAUAAAUUUUGUGAAUUAUACCUAGUCGCCACUUUGCAUGAUUUUAAGCUUUGAACUCGUAUAGUGAUAUAGAUUUGUUGGCAAAUAUGUGUGUAAAAGGUGAUUCAGAAUAAGUGUAUGAACUUAGCAAAUAUAUCGCGUUCUUCUAA